AUGAAUGACGAGGCGUUGCGAGCUGUCCGCUGUGAUAAGCAGCUACAUUGUGCGAAUUGUAGGGAUGCAGGCAUCGAGUGCACUCGUACAAAAGCUAAACGAUCUCGCCGACAAUCAUCCUCGGUAAUAUCUGCUCUCGGAGAAAGAUUGUUAACCUUGGAAAGAACAGUUUCAGAGGGUAUUGAAAACAUCAUUUCACCAAACGUUGCAAAUUAUCAUGAUGCAGGUACACCCUCGAAAAAAAGGAGAUUGGAUCCUGUGUCGCACAUAGAAGGUGCAUCCCAACUUGCCCAGGACGAGUGUUCCAUUGGAUCGGCCACACACCAUGUAGAGAAGGCGAGAGUCGUUAUACAAGGAGAGCUUGAUGGAAAUGAACAUAUGGACCGUGAACGGAAGGCGAUACUCAGGUCUGCCCUGCAAUUCGUGGAUGUUGCGGGGCAUAGGAGAACCUCAAUCACCGAUAAAUCUUCGCCGUUGGAAGUGCUACAGGAAGACCUUCAACAUGUUGGACCAUUUAUUGCCCCGUCGCCAGAGCUACUUUACAUGCUCCUUCCAGAGCCAACAGCUAUCACCCCACAAUCUAGUUCCGUACAAUGGCCGGACCACAUCUCGGAUAAAACACUGGAGAAGAUGGCUUCCACCAUUCUCAGUGAUAAUGAUCAUGAGCACGGGCAGUUAUUCUAUCAGUAUUGUAUAUGCGUUUAUGUGAAGGCCAUCUUGCUUCUCUACCAAAAGCCGAGAGCAUAUAAGGAUCCGCGCAUCCACGCACAAUUUCUGAAGUCCAAGAAAUUAUAUGAAACGUAUGCUUUCCGCGCUCUCAAGAGUCUCAAUUUCUUGAAUCCCCCGACUCUUCCAUUCAUUCAGGCGUUGAUAUCUGCUGCAUUUCUCAUGCAGUAUCUUGGCAACGUGAGCCAAUCCUGGAUUUUCAACUCAUACGCUGCUCGUCUGAUUACCGCUCUAGGCUAUCAUGAAAUUCGCAAUGCAGUCGGGAAUUCAAGCCUCGAUGAAGAGAUCCGUAGCGCUGUAUGCUGGUGUUUCUACCUCGACCGAACUCUGAGCACCCUUCUCUAUCGACCACUGUCGCUGCCAGACCUUCGCAUCCCUCCCACGAAUCUAAUUACUGCCGACCAAUCCCUGCCCCAUAUCCCAUUAAUACGAAUUUUGUUGGAUUUAGCUCAGGUGCAAGGAGAGCUGCUGAAUUGCGGAAUGGCGGACAACACUCGCCAAAUCAUCGCCAAUCAUUCAAGGCUCCAAGAAAGAAUGGAGGCCAUAUAUUCUAAAAUACAAUCUAGUCGAGCAUCAACCUCAAACUGUAUCGCCUCGGAAUGGAUUUCAUGUGAAUUUUGUCAUUACGCGAUUCUCGUUGAUAUUCUUCGAUCCCGGUUAAAAUGUACAUUUUCUCCUUUGACACACAAGGAGUGUGUCUCAUAUUCGCGGAAAUCUCUCAGGGCACUACAUCACCUUCAGAAGAACCUUGCGGACACCCCAGGAUUCGUGGAUCCUUAUCCCACAUUCCUAACAUGGACUGUUCUUCUAUACCCCUUGAGUCCAUUCUUCGUUAUCUUCUGCAACAUCAUUGGAGAAUUAGACAUGGAUGACUACAAUCUCAUGCAAGAUAUCACGCAAAGCCUGUCUCAGUUCGCCGCAAGUCCAUAUAUUUCAAAAUUGCUGAAACUUCUGGACUACCUGCAGAAUCUCUGCGUACCGUUGAUCCAAGCCAAGCAGCGCAUGGGCCCGCGGGUUAAAGUCCCUACUUUGUACCCUUCAAUGACUGGGACCUGGCACGACCAUCCAGCUACUCAUGAGAAUGCGCACCAAGAGAUGGAUAGAUCUUAUUAUAUGGAUCCCGUUGCUGGAGCAUACCCUCCGCAAUUGCAAACACCCAGUGAUGAAAGCUAUGCACCCGAUGAUGCGUUGAUGUCGCAAUUGUUUAAUAGCGAACUCUCACUGGAGUGGUUCGAGUUUGAUUCUUUUUAUUCUUGA